CAUCGCUCACAUUCAACCAUGGUUUUGUGGGGCUGUAUCAUAGACUUCUUCACCUAUGAGUCCACCAGGUUUGUGGUGGUCAAGAACUGGUCAGUGGGAAUUAUCAACCGGAUUGUUCAAGUGGCCAUUAUCGCCUAUUUUGUUGGCUAUGUCUUCAUCCAUGAGAAAGCGUACCAGACGAAAGACACAGGCAUAGAGUCUUCAGUCAUGACCAAAAUCAAAGGGUUUGGACGACACAAUGGUCAAAUUGUGGAUGUUGCCGACUAUGUGUUUCCUCCGGAGGGCACAGAUGUGUUCUGUAUAAUGACCAGUCUUCAUGUCACAGAGAAUCAGUUCCAAGGAAGAUGCCCAGCUCCAUGGCCGUACACUUGUAAAAUGGAUGACGAAUGUAAGAAGUUCUAUGGAUUUGUCUCACCCAAAGAGGACAACGGAAGCCCGGGUUUCUGUGAGGUGGAAGGCUGGUGUCCGACUGAAAAUGAACCUAUUCAAACGGAACCCAUGGGUGACAUCAGAAACUUCACCAUCUUCAUCAAGAACAGUAUCAAUUUUCCUCUUUUUGACGUCAGCAGAGGUAACGUUCUAUCAACUAUGACGCUUGAAGAGAUUAGAAAAUGUACUUAUCAUCCAGAGAAAAGCCCAUUUUGUCCCAUUUUCAGGGUGGGGGACAUUUUGAGAUAUGCAGGACAAACUGUGGAGGAACUCAUACAGAAGGGAGGACAUAUUGGAAUAAAAAUUGAGUGGAAGUGUAAUCUGGACAUUGAUCUUGACUACUGCGUCCCACAGUAUUUUUUUGGAAGAUUUGACAAUAAGAAUGCCGUAUCUAAUGGGUACAACUUCAGAUUUGCCAAAUAUUAUAAAUCUGACAAUGGCACAGAGUACCGGACCCUCUAUAAAGUGUUUGCGAUCCGUUUUGAUGUCAUAGUCACUGGAAAUGCAGGAAAGUUCAACAUGGUUCCAACGCUCAUAAAUGUGGUGGCUGCUUUGACAUGUCUUGGACUGAGUACAGUUCUCUGUGAUAUUAUUUUGCUGAAAUUUCUCAAAGGAGCUGAACAAUACAAAGCCAAAAAAUUUGAAGAGGUUUCACCAGCUCAAACUGAUGAAUCUUUUACGCCCAUCUUUCAGUUCUGACACCCGACUGUCACUCAAACCAGGAACCAAGAGCUCGUUAGACUCUGGAAUGCCUUCAUUUUCAUUUUCAGACCAACGUGUGUGACCGCUUCACUCAUCAAAUCUCUUAUCACCCAAGUACAAGUGUGUAUGUGUUCAUAUUUAUUACAAAUAUGGAAAUGAUUCAGUACUUUUUAAGCCCUGGUGU